AUGUCGGAAUUGAAAGACUCCAAAAUAAAGCUUUUUGGUAAAACCAUUGGGCUGCCGGAGGAGUUUGUUGAGGCGGCCGGAAUUGGUGAAAGCGCUGCUGAUUCUUGUGACGCCGAUACAGAAGACAGCGUUACCAGCGUAGACCAAAAGCUUGCUUGUUCUGUGCUUGAACCUAGUGAUUUUAAUGGAGAUGCAGAGGACCACGAAUCGCAAGAGAGGCAACCAGGCCCAGGACAUGACAACCCAAACUUGGAAAACCAAGGCCAUCCGUCAACCUCAAACGAAUCAGAUGACACUAAUGCCCAUAUACAUGUAGCCGACAACUCAAAAGAGGACCCGACAGAGGCAAACAACUCCAAUGAAAAAACUCUAAAGAAGCCUGACAAAAUGCUCCCAUGCCCCCGUUGCAACAGCACAGACACAAAAUUCUGUUAUUUUAACAACUACAACGUCAACCAGCCGAGACACUUCUGCAAGAACUGCCAGAGGUACUGGACAGCUGGCGGGGCCAUGAGAAAUGUUCGUGUGGGAGCUGGGCGCCGUAAGAACAGGAACCAAGCUGCCUCUCAAUUUCAUCCUAUACCUAAUCCAGAAUCCGCCCGGCCGAAUCCCAAUGGGACAAGUUUCCUUGCCUUUGGUUCAGAUACUCCUGUGCCUCUGUGUGAAUCGAUGGUGUCGGUUUUGGAUAUUGGCGAUAAAACGAUCAGGAGAAAGGAGAAUAACGGGUAUGAACGCUCGAGCGAUCCUCCCAUUUUGAGUUCGAAGGAUGAGGUACCUGUUUUUCAUGGGGUCGCUUGGCCUUACCCAUGGCACUCUGUUCAAUGGAGCCCACCAAUGGCUCCGCCUAAUAUUUGCCCAACCAGCUUUCCCAUGCAGUUCUGCUCCACAGCACAGCCUUAUUGGCCCGGUGCCCCUUUAUGGAGCGUCCCCUACGUUAUCUCUCCCACACCAGCUCCAAGUUCCGGCCCCAUUUCUCCAACACUCGGAAAGCACUCGAGGGACGAGAGUAUUCCAUCCAAUUCAGAAAAUGAAGAAGAAAAACAGAAGGAGAAUGAUCCAGAGAAAUGUUUGUGGGUCCCGAAGACUUUGAGAAUUGAUGAUCCGGAAGAAGCUUCCAGAAGCUCCAUAUGGUCGACUUUAGGUAUAAAUAAAAACAGAGAUGAUGAAUGUGGUGAUGUGGGCGUAAGUGGUGGUGAUGGUCUUUUCAUGGCUUUGCGGAAAAAAACUGAGGACAGUGAUCAAAUGAGUCGGGCUCAUGCAAAAAGCUCGACGGUUUUACAGUCCAAUCCUGCAGCUUUGUCGCGGUCCCUGAGUUUCCAUGAGGGCUCAUGA